AACGCAUCAUAGAGAGACCUGCGCCUCUGAAAGCAGCGUGAUUCCCUCCUUCCCGCAUAACAGACAAGAGCGCGGUCAUUCAACGCUGGUGUCUCUCUUCCGUCAUUACCACCUCUCAGCCAUCCCAACAUGCCUUCACAUGUCAAUAUGCAAGGCGGAAAAGCACUCGGGUUGCUUAAAGCACAGCAGAGGGAGAAGCUGGAGGAAAUCAAUAAGGAGUUUAUGGAAGAUCAGAAGUAUCAAGAUGAGGAGGAUUUGGCAGAGAAGCUAGAUUCUUUUAAAAAUAAGUAUGCUGAAUUUGACCUUAACGAUCAGGGAGAUAUUGACAUGAUGGGUUUGAAGAGAAUGAUGGAGAAGCUUGGUGUUCCAAAGACUCAUUUGGAGAUGAAGAAAAUGAUCUCAGAGGUGACUGGGGGCUGUAGCGACACCAUCAACUACAGGGACUUUGUCAAAAUGAUGCUUGGCAAGAGAUCAGCUGUCCUCAAACUGGUUAUGAUGUUUGAAGAUAAAGCUAAUGGGACCAGCUGUAAACCUGAUGGGCCGCCACCCAAACGUGACAUCACCAGCCUUCCAUAGAUCAGCUGAGGAGUGGAGAUUGAUUUGAAAAGACCACCCUGCAUUUGCAAAUCCGCCCAGUUAACAUUAGGGGCUAGGAUUAAAUAGCCUUACCUGCCAUCUGUUGCCAAGACCCUGGGAAAAUCUUAGUUCAAAGAAGGACAAAAUGGGGGAAAAAGAGAAAUGUCAAUAUAAAUACUGUGAAAUAGUCAAAGCGCAAAGUAGCUUUUUAUAAGUAAACAAAUGUAUAUAUUUAUAUAAAAAGGGUGUUUUUGAAUCGUGUUUAUAAGCACAAAUCUUGUCACCAGUGAAGUUAUAGUAACGUUUAGUGUGUAACACUGCAAGUGUACGGAGUAUAGUGUACAGGAUGACACCAUUUUAGGUAGCAAAAUAGUAAGACACAUUUUUAGAAUUAAGAUUUUUCUUCAAAUUUCUAGUGUGCUUGUAAUUUUAAACUAUAUUUGUGUUUGCUAGUUCAGUCUAAUUUGCAAUUCAUUCAAAACACUUGAAGCAUUUUUCAACUUGUACUAACUCUACUCACCGUCUCCUGUAGUGUGACAUCAUAGAUGUGUGUGGGGCUGUUUUGUUUUAAGACUCGGUUAGCGCUCGGCCAGUUGCCAUGAAACAGCUUUUGAUUUAGGUUGGUGUUCUAACUUAUCUGGUGUUUCUAAAUGUAGGAUUUCCUUUUGUGUUUUUAAUAUUUCUUUACAGGAAGGUAAGGGAAGGGAGAAUGUUGGGAUUUGUGGGAGGAAGCGAGUCACAGAGAGAAAAUAAAGAAUUAGAAUAUUUUCAUUCAUCAAAUUUGUUUGCUCAUUCCGUUUCACCAUAUUUAACUUUUUUUCCACACUGUCUUCACACUCAACCUGUAUGUGUGUUGUGUGGCUUGUCUGAACUGAAUGACUGUAAUCUUACUGUACUGUAACAGCACAUUAACAGUUAAGCACAUACAUUGUACAUAUAUGCUUUGAAUCAGAUUUGUCAGGAUGUGCUUAAUUCUCCUACUUAUAAUUCAUCAUGGAUAGAUGUGUCUUUAUGACCAGCUGCAUUUAAGAUCCCCAGGGAUCUUUGGUCACUGUAUGGCUAUGAAACCACUCUUUCCAAGUGCCUCACUCAGUUUGAUGUAGCAGAUGUUUGAGUGAAGAUUGAGUGAAGCAUCUUUGAAAAGGAUAAUGUAUGUGGGGGAUUAUGCGUGUAUGUGCUUGGAAUUUAUAUUCUGAGUUGCAUUUUCAGACAUUCCAGGAAUGUCUUUGUGUGGAGUCCUUGGAAAUCUGUUUGGCUUGUUUUAACUCAAGCAAGCUUAAAUGUUGUGUGGCUCUACUGAGAUUUAUGUAGUGCUGUUGUCCUCUUAUUCUUUUAUUUUCCACUUGCCUCAAGUUUUCUAUCUAUAAAAUCAGUUCCAUGUGAUGUUUUGUGAAAGGCAAGCCCUAUUGCGAAGUAGAUUUUUUUUUAUUAUUUUUUUUUAGUUUGUUUCACCGAGUCUCCUUUCUGACUAGGAGUAAGAUGAGGUCAUGACAGAUCAGUCACCAGAAGAGGCUUUCAGUUGCAUUUCAAACUCUAUAUGCAAACAAAACCACUUUUAUUUGUUUCUGUCACAUGUGAUGUUUUAUGUGUUUUAUUUUUGUGCCUCUGUUCAAUUGUAUUUCAUUGACUUUUUAUUUUACUCUUAAAAUAAGUUGCAUAUGAAUCAAUGGCUGCACUGUAUUGAUAUUUAUUAGAAAUUCUUUUUUUUAAUGAGUUAUUAGUUUUCUCUGUCAGCGUAUUAAUUAGUGGAGGCAUUUUUAAAGUUUAAAUUUUUUCCCCCUUUUUUUUUUUUUGCAAAUACCAAAGUUAGUAAAUAUC